AUGAGAGGAGGAUUUGAUUCAGAAGCAAAUGGACCCACACAAUGUUGGGUGCUGUUUUUUGUCGCUUUUACGGCUCUUCCAAACUCUGUUGUUUGCAACAGAGAAACAACCCAGUAUAAGAUCACGCUUGGGCUCCAAGCUCCUCGGAACAUUUCCUACCCAUUCAGUGUGCUUAGGUUGGGCUCUGCAAUGCAGAUAGCCAUAGACAAGAUCAACACAAAUCCAUCUCUCAGUGGAAAUUUCACCUUUGAUUUUGUGUACGCAGACACAGACUGUAAUGCAAAGAUUUCACUUCGUGCUUUUAUUGAACAAGUGAUGGACAAAAAUAUCUCAGCGCUGUUUGGACCACCCUGUCAUCUGGAGGCUGAAGUCACUGGGCUAAUUGCAUCCACAUGGAACAUUCCAAUGUUUGCGUUUGUUGGCCAGACACCAAAAAUGGAUGAUAUUCUAGUGUAUGACACCUAUAUAAAAAUUGUACCUCCACUUAAAAGGGUUGGUGAAGUCUUGGUUAAAACACUGGAUUUCUUUGGUUGGAAAUAUGUUGGUAUGAUCGGAGGCGGUGCAGACAUAAACACAUGGGACAGUGUUGAUGGUCUUUGGAAGUCUGUGGAGCAGCAACUCAAGGCCAGUGUAACAGUGACAGCAGGAAUCAAGUUUGAUACCAGUGACCGAGAAUUGAUAAACAGAAACUUACAACUCAUUUCUAAGGUUACGAGAGUGGUGAUUGUGCUUGCUAAUGCUGAAGACUCCACAGCUCUGAUGAUGGAAGCACAGAGACAGGGCCUGGUGAAUGGAGAGUAUGUUUUCCUUCUCGUUCAGCAGUUUGAGGUCAGUGGCAAAGUGAGUUUGCUGGAUAAUCUGUGGAAAUCUUCUGUUGCUGAAACAAACCAAACGGUGUGUAAGGCCUUUGAGAUGGUGUUUGUACUCGCUCAGAAGUCAUAUGAGGGAUAUGACUAUUAUGACUUCUUCGAGCAGACUUAUGAGAGGUUGAAAGGGGCCCCUUUUUACAGCAACCUGUCCUCGGAAAAAGAGGUAAGCUCCUACGCUGUCAAUUUACACGACGCUGUCCUGCUUUAUGCAAUAGGUCUGAAAGAAGUCUUUAAAAAUGGGAAAGACAUCCGUCAUGGACAAGAGAUUUUGAAAAGGCUCAGGGAUAGGACUAGCAUCAGGUUUUAUGGAGCUUCAGGUCUGGUUCACUUUGAUGAAUAUGGAGAGAGGAACUUGGACUAUUCACUGUAUGACUUGCAGCAAAUAGAAGAUGUGAUAAAAUUCGUUCCUGUUUUGGACUUUGACAGCCGUACAAAAACGAUCAAACCCACAUCAAGGUUUUCUAAUGUAGAUUGGCCAACUGGAAAACCUCCACCAGAUAGUCCACCCUGUGGUUUUGACAAUGCACUCUGUGAAUGGUUAGAAAAUGAGAUAUCUCUUCUGGUUCUGCUGGUGGCUUUGCCUGUGUUUGGCGUGUCAGCUGUGGUUUUGGUCACAUUGCUGACCUUACAGAAGAUUCGUCUUCAAACCCGCCUGGAUGAGUCUAACUGGUGGCUCAUAAACUAUAGUGACAUAACUAUCCUCAGAGAGCCCAAAGGAAUCCAAACACUAUCUGUUAGCACAACACCGACCAAAGGUGGAAGUGAAGGCUCUCAGUCCAUUUUCUCCUCAAACAGCUGUAGUCUGAGAGGAAGUUGCAAAGAAACCAUCUACACCACCAUUGCUCUAUAUCAGGGAAACAAGGUGGGCAUAAAGUACUUGAAAAAUCAAAUCCUCACUGAUAUCAAGAAACCAUCAGUCAUCGCAGAGUUCAAUAUGAUGAGAGAGAUGAAACACGAGAACCUUGUACAGUUUUUCGGUGUGUGUAUUGAGCCGCCCAAUGUCUGUAUUGUCAUGCAGUACUGCAAGAAAGGAAGCUUAAAGGAUGUUCUGGGGAACAGUGAAAUUGAGCUGGACUGGAUGUUCAAAUUGUCCUUUGCCUAUGACAUUGUUAAUGGUAUGGAGUACAUUCAUAAGAGCAGUAUGAAGUCUCAUGGAAAUCUGAGGCCCAGUACUUGUCUGGUGGACAGCAGGCUACAGAUCAAGCUCUCUGGCUUUGGCCUGUGGGAGUUCAAACAUGGCACAAAAUACAGACUGAUCCCAAUGGAGAAUCCAAAGUAUGAGGAGAUGUAUUGGACAGCUCCAGAGUUUUUGAGAGAAGCCUACUACCCUUUCAAUGGCACGCAGAAAGGAGACAUCUUUAGCUUUGCCAUAAUUAUGCGAGAGCUGAUGUACAAUACGGAGGUGGGCCCAUACCAUGACAUUCAUCUAGAACCAAAAGAGAUUAUCAAGCAGUUAAGGACCCCUAUGAACGAGGAGACCCUCAGACCAACACUGUCUGCUGAUAUCUGUGAUGAACGUCUGAUCCCUUUGCUAAAGGCCUGCUGGAGUGAGAACCCAGACCACAGACCCCCAUUCAGCAGUAUCAGGAGACGCCUGCGGGAGGCCAGCCCUGAAAGCCAUGGCAACAUCCUGGACAACAUGGUGAGCAAACUUGAGAAAUAUGCCAAUCAUCUGGAAGAAGUAGUGGAGGAGAGAACCAAUCAGCUCACAGCAGAAAAGUGUAGAGCAGAUAAGCUCCUCUCUAGCAUGCUGCCCAGGUAUAUUGCCGAGCAGCUAAUGGCUGGGAAAUCAGUGGAGCCCAGAAGUUAUGACACUGUGACCAUCUUUUUCUCAGACAUUGUGGGUUUCACCAACAUGUGCUCCAUCAGUUCAGCUCUGGAGGUGGUCAACCUCCUUAAUGACCUCUACAGUCUGUUUGAUGAGAUAAUCAAGCUAUAUGAUGUCUACAAGGUGGAGACCAUAGGGGAUGCAUAUAUGGUGGCCAGUGGGCUGCCGAUCAGUAAUGGUACUCUUCAUGCAGAGGAGAUCUCUACUAUGGCCCUCCACUUUCUCUCUGCCAUCAAAAGGUUCAGAAUUAGACAUUUGCCUACUGAGAAACUGGCCCUACGGAUUGGGAUCAAUUCUGGCCCAGUGGUUGCUGGAGUUGUGGGUUGUACAAUGCCACGAUACUGUUUGUUUGGAGAUACAGUGAAUACGGCUUCCAGGAUGGAAAGCAACAGUCUUCCAAUGAGAAUUCAUAUCGCUCAGACUACUGCUGAUAUUCUCAUUAAGACUGGAAAUUUUGAAUUGGAGGAGAGGGGCGAUAUUGAAAUCAAGGGAAAAGGAACUCAGAAAACCUUCUGGUUAAGAAGCAAAAUUGGAUGUUAUUUUCCUCCCAAUGGCCAGGACUGUGAUGUAAGCCCUAAAUCAGUAACAAGUGGCUGCCACAUCAAACAGGAAAAAACCAAACCAGCCUCUACAAAUGAUAGAGAGAUGAAAGAGAAAAGAGCACCCCAGCACACCCCAGUCAUGACGAAAAUGACAACCCUUACUGUACCUGAUGUAUAG